AUGGAUAUUGGUGGUCUGACAACAGUAGUGGCCAAUUCUGCCUACAUCUCAGCCCGAGGGAGCUUCGAUGGCACCGCCAACCUGGCGUCCAAUCGAGACAAGAAGUACCACGCGCGCCUGAAGCUGCCCCACAUCACAGUGUGUGAGGGUCUGAGGGAGACUUUAGACCUCGGCUUCCAGACGAUGUGCGUGGACCAGCCCAUCGGCAAACGUCUUUUCCAAGAGUUCUUAGACUCCGUCAAUGAGUAUAAAGGUCCUUGUCGCCUGUGGAAGGACAUCGAGGAGUACAACAUGGCCGAGGAUGAAGACAGAGUCAAAAAAGCAAACAAGAUCUUGUCCAGGUACAUGGAGCCUGACGCCAAGUAUUACUGCCCGUUUCUGCCAGAGAACGGAAUCACAAAGGUUAAAGAGAAACACCAAGAAGCAGGAGAUGAGCUCUUCAACGAGACCAUGGAAAACGUGAUGGACUUUCUGAAGGAAGUACCCUAUACUUUUUUCUUAGAAAGUAUGUAUCUGAAGAGGUUCCUGCAGUGGAAAUGGCUGGAGAUGCAGCCCAUGGGAGAGGACUGGUUCCUGGAUUUCCGUGUUUUGGGUAAAGGAGGUUUUGGGGAGGUGUCCGCCUGCCAGAUGAAGGCCACCGGCAAACUGUACGCCUGCAAAAAGCUCAACAAGAAGAGGCUGAAGAAGAGAAAAGGAAAUGAGGGUGCCAUGGUGGAGAAAAGGAUCCUGGCUCGAGUCCACAGCCGGUUCAUUGUGUCUUUGGCUUAUGCCUUCCAGUCGAAAACAGAGCUAUGCCUGGUCAUGACCAUCAUGAAUGGAGGAGACCUGAGGUACCACAUCUAUAACGUGGACGAGAACAACCCGGGUUUUGACGAGCCGCGGGCCUGCUACUAUGCUGCUCAGAUCAUCCAGGGCCUGGAGCACCUGCAUCAGAAGAGGAUCAUCUACCGAGACCUCAAACCGGAGAACGUGCUGUUGGACAAUCAGGGGAACGUUCGUAUCUCUGACCUUGGCCUGGCCGUGGAGCUGGCUGACGAUCAGUUUAAGAUCAAAGGCUAUGCAGGAACUCCAGGUUUCAUGGCUCCAGAACUCCUGAAAGGAGAGGAGUACGACUACUCGGUGGAUUAUUUCACUCUGGGCGUCACUCUGUAUGAGUUUAUAGCUGCCCGGGGGCCUUUCAGGACCCGGGGAGAGAAGGUGGAGAAUAAGGUGGUGAAGAAGCGGAUCUUGAAUGAUCCAGUGAUUUAUCCGGAGAAGUUCAGUGAGAACGCUCGCUCCAUCUGUGAGGCUCUGCUGUGCAAAGAGGUGGACCGGAGGCUGGGCUUCAGGGACGGCUCGUGCGAUGAGAUGAGGGCCCAUCCGUUCUUCAGCGAGAUCAACUGGAGGAAGCUGAACGCAGGAAUCCUGACGCCCCCCUUCGUCCCGGACUCCAAGACGGUCUACGCCAAGGACCUGGACAACGUGGGGGCUUUUUCCACGGUUAAAGGGGUUCAGCUGGAGGACAAGGACCUGACUUUUUUUGACGAGUUCGCCUCGGGGAACAUCUCCAUCCCCUGGCAGGAGGAGAUGAUAGAGACGGGGAUCUAUGGGGAGCUGACGGUGUGGGGCCCCGCCGGCACUCUGCCCAACGACCUGCGGCGGGAGUCCAUCCUGGAGCAGCCUCCCAAGUCCUCCACCUGCAUCCUGUCUUAA